AUGUGGAAACAGAAACAGGUGAACGCUUUAUAUAUCCCUCAGUACAAUAACAGGCAGACAUCAGAAGGUGAUGGAAGCGAUGGGGAAGAUGGAGGGGUCACACAGGGUGACUUGGAAGCACUACUCACAGGGUGCUAUCCGAAAGCUGGGGACUCCAGUACAACAGCACCACCUGCUGGAGGGAAGUGGGUCUGCGCUCAGUCCUCAGAAGCCAAGAAGGAGAAUCACAAGCAGCACAUUGCUGACAAGCUGGAAGUUCUGGCAAAAGCUUAUACCCACCAGGGGAACAAGUGGAGGGCACAGGGUUACUCCAAAGCUAUAAACGCCCUCCAGAGCUACCAUAAAACUGUGUCUUCAUUUGAGGAGGCAUGCAAGAUCCAGGGCAUUGGAAAGCGGAUGGCAGAGAAGAUAAAGGAGAUCUUGGAAAGUGGCCACCCCCGCAAGCUGGACCACAUUGGGGAGAGUGUGCCAGUGUUGGAGCUCUUUUCCAACAUCUGGGGUGCUGGAGCCAAGACUGCACAGAUGUGGUAUCAGCAGGAAAUGUAUGUCUCCCUGUACUCUUUACUUGCUUCUACUAUUAGUUUAUUGAUACUUCAUUGUAUAUUUCCUGUAGAAUUGUUAUUGCACACUUGGUUAUUAUUAGAAAUGGUGUGGGAGAUGACUUUGUCGUUGAACCCUGGCCUGUGGCUCAUAUCAGAGAGGGAAGGCCACGUGUGGAGACAUGGAUGUUUUCUGACAGGUGAUCUGGUCAGCCACGAGGACAAUGGGAACCAGAAGAUGUAUCUGGGAGUCUGUCGUCUCCCAGGACCUGGCCGCAGGCACCGGAGACUGGAUAUUAUUGUGGUGCCUUACAGCGAGUUUGCAUGUGCCUUGAUGCACUUCAUGGGUUCGGCACACUUCAACCGGUACAUGCGGGCCUUGGCUAAAACCAAGACCAUGAGCCUGUCAGAGCACUCCCUUAACAGGGACGUCCUCCGCAAGGGAAGCCUGAAGGUCACCCCAGGGCUGCCCCUGCCUACACCAGCAGAAAAGGUUGUGUUCACUCAUCUCGGACUGCCAUACAGGGAGCCUCAGGAGAGAGACUGGUGAUAGGGAAUGUGGCUUUUUGGCUGCAUCAAGGAUUUGGGGGAUAUUCUGGCCCUUUCCAAACUAUUGUAAAACUUUAAGGAAAAACACAUCAUGCUAAAAAGAAUUUGCACAAUUGUAUUUUUCCAAUGUGAGGAGAAAAACAAUAUAUUGUAUUUUUUUUUUUUAGUGUGCAUGCAUAUAUAAAACAGUAACAUAUAUAAAUUAUUCUGAUAUAUGAAUGACUGUUCAUACCUUGUUUUAGCUAAGAAUGCAUUGCCCAGAAUAACAAACAGAUGUUAGGCCUCUCUUGCACCCUGGAAUCUGAUCAUGUGCAAAGUGCAAAGUGAUAUAUGUCUGUUUGUUUGUUUUACAACAGGGAGAAGUUUAUUAUGUAUUUGAUCACCUGUACUAAUAAUGAAUUUUGAAUGUUGGGGUCUUUUUGUGUAAUCAUGGGGGGAAAAAACACUA